AUGUAAGAGAAAGUAAUUCAUUUAGUAGAUUCAAGACGAGACAAAAGCCUAAAGAAAAUGAUCAAAAUUCUUAGAUUCUAAAAUUGCAAAGUUAAUAGAAUGUCAAAAGUAAAACCACAAGUCUAUUAUGUAGAAUUGCCUUCCAAAGUUGAGCAGGGCAGUUUCCAUAUCUUACCCGAGAGAGACUCGAGACCCAAGACCAAAUCCAUGGCUUAAAAACUCAUACAAGUAUACUAAAUCCCCAUCCUAAUAUAGAAAUCUUCAAAAAAAGUGUUAGGGGACACUCACAAUUCCUUAUUACCCAAGAACAAACUCAUCAAGUAGAGUAGUUUUGGAAAGAAUCGCUCUAAAAAAAUACAUUCCUUUAGUUAUAAUCAUUAUGAGAGCGUUUAAAAAGAGAAUGAGGAUUGUUAUAUCCAUUUUAACAACAUGUCCAACGUAUCCUUCAAAGAUUAUAUGGACGCAGAAGGUACAAAAUACCAAAAUUAAUCCAUAGCUCGUGCCAAUAAAAUGCCAUCCGAUAAAUCCUAAGAAAUAAUUGAAGGCAAGAAACUUUUGAGCUUGGGUCAAACUGAAGAAGCACAAAAACUAUUUGAAGACAUUCUCCAAGUCAGUAACAAUCCAGAAGCAAGAUAUUUAAAUGGUCUCUGUCAUUUGAGUAAAUCAGAAUUCUCAGAAGCAAUUGCCGAUCUGAGUCUCCUGAUUUCACAACAACCACUCUAUAAAAGAAAUGCCUACAUUCUAUUAGCAAUCGCUUACAAAAAAUCCAAUUGUCCAAACGAUGCCUUAACUACUUUAACUCAUGCUAUUAAACAGUUUAACAAAUAUUUUGAUGCCUAUAUCUACAGAGGCAAACUUUUGUUGAAAAUGAAAUAGUAUGAUCGUGCCUUGAAGGAUUUCACUAGUGCAGUAGAAAUACAACCAAAAAAGGCAAUUGCAUAUAUAGGAUAAGCCGAUUGUUACCGAUACAUGAAUCAACCAAAAUACAGUGUCUAAGCAUGCACUCAGGCUAUAGAAUGCGAGGAUUCCGCUUUCAGAUAAGCACUAGUCAAAAGAACUUUGCUCUACAUUGAUUUAAAAGAAUAUGACUUGGCACUACUAGAUAUUGAGGCUGUUUUAGAAGAAGAUCAUUGUGAUUCUGAAGCAUUAUAUAUAAAAGGUUUCAUUUGUACCAAAAGAAAUUAAAUUUCAGAAGCCUUCCUAGCAUAUGAGUAAUCAAUCAAACAUAACAAUUCAAAAAAGGCUGUGUCCAAGUCUCUUUAUGAAAUUGCUAAAAUUAAAAUUGAAUAAAGGGACUUUUACGAGGCAUUUUAUCAGUUGAGUCGAGCUGAUUAUUUAGAUGUCGAUGAAAAGAUCUUAGAAAAAUUCAAAAUCUUUACCGAUGGAGUUACUUUCUUAAUGAAACGUAAAUUCGAUGAAGGUGUUGAGGCUCUGACAACCCUGAUCACUAAACAUUAGUUUACAGAUUUUUUGAAACCUCUCAUCUUUUAAUAUAGAGCUUAUGGAUACUUUUGUUAAUCGCAGUACUAAAAGUCUCUUAAUGAUCUCAAUCAAUUGGCUUCACUUGAAAAACCCUCCAUUUAUAAUAAACUAAUAGCUGAAGGGAUCCUUGCUGCUGUAGCAAACUAAUUCGAACAAUCUUAAGGAUUCUUUUUAAAAGCCUAAAAAUUAAUGCCCAAUAAAAUGGAACCUUACUUUUACAAGGCCACAACUUUAGUCAAAUUCUAUAGUUAUCUUAUUCCAAAAGAUGAUGUCGAAAAAAAAAAUAAAUUUUUGAAUGAUGCUCUCAAAUACAUGGACAUGGCAGUCAAAAUAAAUGAGCAAUCGAAUCUACUGUUUUAUAGAGGAAUUGUUCUUUUUGCAUAGGGAAGAUUGGAAGAUUCCUUAAUGGAUUUAGAUAAGGCCAUAGAAAAGUCGGAAGAUCAUGUAGCAAAGCAUUUUUACGUCCGAGGGAUGAUAUAAGCUUGUAGAAAUGCAUUUGAACUUGCUCUUAAUGAUUUAACCAUAGCAAUUAAUCUUGAUGAGAAAUUCGUUGAUGCCUAUUUAAAUAGAGCGAAAAUGUUUCUAUAUUUGGGAGAUAGGAAAAAUGCCUAUUAUGAUGCUCAAAAAUACAAAGAAUUUAAAUAGACUGAUCCAUAGAAUGAUAUUAUCAUAGGGAAUUUGUUCUUUUAGAUUGGUGCUUAUGAAGAUGCUAUCCAGUCCUAUUCUAAUAGUAUUAGCUCUGAAAAAAGCUUGCAAGUAUUGUACUACAGAGCCAAAACAUAUAUUUUAAUUAAGGAACUAAAUAGUUCAAUGCUUGAUCUGCAAAAAAUAGUAGAAUAAUCAAAUGAAAUCCAUGCUAUUGUGGAUUUAAAUAUCUUGCAAUAGUUAAAGAAUACAUCAACAGCGAAUAGUGAUUAGAAUCUGUUUUAGGAAGCCCUACAAUGUGCUAAUCAAAUUUUAAAGAAGGGAGCAGAGGGAAAGAUAUUCAAAAAAUCAGACAUCCUAUUUUAUAAGGGAAUAUUCCUAUUCUACUUAAAAUAAUAUGAAGGUGCCCAAUAAGCAUUAAGAGAAUCAUAUAAAAUUAAAGAGGAUCAAUAGAGGAAGGAGUUAGGUUCUAUCAAUGAUUCAGACUAAUAUAUUUUAGAGUAGUUGAAUUAAACUCAGAAGAAGAUUGAAUGUAGAAGCAAACCUUUGGAAGAAUUUGAAUUCAGCGAUAGAACUUACAAUUUAUUUGAAUACUAUUUCAAUAGAGCCACUGUACAUUUACUCUUAGGAUAAACAGAAUCGGCACAUGAUUAUUUAGAAUAAUUGCAUGAAAAUAUAGCAUAACCAGAAAUCUAAGAACAUCUAUCAUAAUUUAUUGAAUUAUUGAAAGAAGAUUAGAAUCCUAAAAGUGAAAUCAAUCCUGAGCUUUCAAAGCUGACUGAAUUCAUCAUCUUUCCAUAACACAACAGAUUAUGCUCAAUAUAUCCAAUGGUCAAACUGCCUUUAAAGAAAUAUAAAUAGAGCUUAUUGUUGAGGUUAUCCUUUUGUUUGCCCACAGUUGAGAUUCCUGAAAUGAACAUCAAAUUUGACGACAAAUUACUUGAAGCAAUCAGUCCAACUGUUGUUGAAAAUAAACCAGAAGCUCCUUGGAUUAAACGAACCUCUGAAGGAGUAAUUUUCACAGACAAUGUUCAGAUAGUUGAGGAUUUAGAUCUGCAAUCAACAACGAGGCUUUCAAAGAAAUAGACAGAAAUCGAAGAUCCAGAAUUCUAACAAUUUGAAGAUUAGUUAAAUCAUGCAAUUGAGAAAUAUGAUUAUAGUGAAAUAGACUAAUAAGAUGAAAUUGUUGAAUAACCAACUUAAGCUCUAGACUUACUGUAGCUCAAAUAAAAUCUAAUGCUAGAUUCUAAAAUUGCAGACAAAUUAAAUUCAAUUCUAUAAAAAAAAGCUUAAAAUUGA